UAUGUUCGGGAAGCCGCUCCGGAUCAGCGACACUGAGCGAGAACACAGAAGUUUUGCGGUAAACGGGCAGUGUGGGGAUAUUUACCCUUAAAACAGGAUUUCUAUUGGAGUAGAGGAGGCGUGUGUGCAGUAUGGAUGUUGGAGAGCUGCUGAAUUACCAGCCUGACCGAGGAGCAAAGCGACCCAAGGAAGAAGAUGGCGGCGAUGAACCUCGGGCCAAACAGAAAACAUCCAGCCGAGAAGCUCUGAGGUACACAGCAAUGGGGGAACCUGAGGAUGAAGAUUUGGAAGACAAAGAGAAGAUCCUGGAGAAGCUUAUGGACCAGGAUGAGGUUGACCCAGAGGGAGAGCUGGUGGACGAGGCCAUGGUGAAAAAAAUGAUCCUGACCUUUGAGAAAAGGUCAUACAAAAACCAAGAACUCAGGAUUAAAUUUCCAGACAACCCAGAAAAGUUUAUGGAGGCGGAGCUGGACCUGAAUGACAUCAUACAGGAGAUGCACGUGAUCGCCACCAUUCCGGAGCUGUACCACCUGCUAGUGGAGCUGAACGCCGUCCAUUCUCUGCUGGGGCUUCUGAGCCACGACAACACUGAUAUUGCUAUUGCAGUGGUGGAUCUGCUGCAGGAGCUCACAGACAUAGACACUCUACACGAGAGCGAGGAGGGAGCUGAAGUCCUCAUCGAUGCACUGCUGGAGGGCCAGGUGGUGGCUCUCUUGGUGCAGAACAUGGAGAGGCUGGAUGAGACGGUGAAAGAAGAGGCAGACGGAGUCCACAACACACUGGCCAUCGUGGAGAACAUGGCGGAGUUCAGGCCUGGACUGUGCACGGAAGCUGCCCAGCAGGGACUCAUGCAGUGGCUUCUCAAAAGGAUUAAGGCAAAGAUGCCUUUCGACGCUAACAAGCUGUACUGCAGUGAAAUCCUGGCCAUCCUCCUUCAGAACAACGACAGCACCAGAGAGCUCUUGGGAGAGUUGGACGGUAUCGAUGUUCUUCUGCAGCAGCUUUCAGUGUUUAAGAGGCACAACCCGUCCACGGCGGAGGAGCAGGAGAUGAUGGAGAACCUGUUCGACGCGCUCUGCUCCUGCCUCAUGCUGCCGGCCAAUCGCGACCGCUUCCUCAGGGGGGAGGGGCUUCAGCUGAUGAACCUCAUGCUCAGGGAGAAGAAGCUGUCUCGGACCAGCUCUCUGAAGGUUCUGGAUCACGGUAUGAUCGGGCCCGAGGGAUCAGAUAACUGCCACAAAUUUGUGGAUAUCCUCGGCCUGCGCACCAUUUUCCCUCUGUUUAUGAAGACGCCCAAGAAGAUGAGGAAAACCGGCAUAUCUGAUAAAGAGCAUGAAGAGCAUGUGUGCUCCAUCAUGGCCUCGAUGCUGAGGAACUUGAAGGGGCAGCAGAGAAGCCGUCUGCUCAGCAAGUUCACAGAGAACGACUGCGAGAAGGUGGACCGACUGAUGGAGCUGCAUUUUAAGUACCUGGAAGCCGUUCAGCUCGCUGACAGGAGGAUUGAAGGAGAGAAGCACGAAAUGGUGCGUCGAGGAGAAAUUCUGGACGACGCGAUGGAGGAUGAGUUUUAUCUGCGGCGUUUAGACGCUGGACUCUUCGUCCUGCAGCUCAUCUGCUACAUCAUGGUGGAGAUCAGCAGUGCUGGAAUUCCACAGCUGCAGCAGAGAGUGCAUCAGAUCCUGAACCUGAGGGGCGGGUCCGUGAAGGCUGUGCGCCACAUCAUGAGAGAAUAUGCAGAAAGCAUCGGCGACGGCAAGAACGAGGAGUACCGUCAGAGCGAGCAGAAGAGGAUCAUGGAACUUGUAGAGAACUUCUAAAUCUCCUGCUUGACCUCAAGCAAAGACUCUGUCUCUCUCCUUUUCUAACAGGCUUCCUUCAAGCAGCACCUGUAAAUAAAGUGUGUUUCGCUCAAGAAGGUGUUUUGUGGAGAUCAGCAGACUCAGUAAGUUUGAACGUUAGUUGCUCAUCCAGCUGAAGAUCAGUCUUUGUAAAAGCUUCCCAUCACUGUUCAACAAUAUGAGGGUCAUGCAGCUAAAUGUCACGUGUCAUUUUGUUUUUUUUCUUGACUUUAUUUUGAAAGACAAAGUUUUGUAUCGGCCAUUCGGGCUAGUUUUAAAAUGACCUUUGUAAUGAAAAAGCUGUGAGAACAAUUUAUGUAUGUAAUUAAAUUUGCUUUACCCAU